GCGAGCUAAGGCAAGUGAAGAAGAUUCGAGGGUAAUGGCUUCUGGAUCGAGCGAAGUGGAAGAGGAGGAGCAGGAGCGCGUGAUGCUGAGGGACAGGCCGGAGUGGGCUGACGUCACUCCGGUGCCGCAGGACGACGGUCCCUGCCCGGUGGUUCCGAUCAAUUACACGGAGGAGUUCGCCGAAGUCAUGGACUACUUCCGCGCCGUUUACCUUGCCGACGAGCGCUCACCACGCGCCCUUUCCCUCACCGCCGAAGCCAUCCACUUCAACGCCGGAAACUACACCGUGUGGCAUUUUCGGCGGUUGUUGCUGGAGUCGCUGAAGGUUGACUUGCAUAAAGAACUGGAAUUCAUUGAGCGUAUAGCCGCCAAAAACUCCAAAAACUAUCAGAUAUGGCAUCAUAGACGAAGGGUUGCUGAGAAACUAGGGCCUGAUGCUAGAAACGCUGAACUUCAAUUCACCAAGAAGGUACUCUCUGUUGACGCCAAGCACUAUCACGCAUGGUCUCAUCGCCAGUGGGCUCUCCAGGCACUAGGAGGAUGGGAAGAUGAACUCGAUUAUUGUAGCGAACUUCUUGAACAAGACAUUUUCAACAACUCUGCCUGGAAUCAGAGAUAUUUUGUCAUAACAAGGUCUCCCUUCCUGGGUGGCCUUAAGGCCAUGAGAGAGUCUGAAGUGCUCUACACUAUCCAAGCCAUCGAAGCUUACCCUGAAAACGAAAGCUCAUGGAAAUAUCUUCGAGGACUUUACAAAGGUGAAACCACAUCAUGGGUAAACGACCCUCAAGUUUCAUCGAUUUGUUUAAAGAUUUUGAGUUCCAAGAGUAACUAUUUGUUUGCUCUUAGCACUCUUUUGGAUCUUAUCUGUCAUGGUUAUCAACCAAAUCAAGACUUCAGAGAUGCCAUUGAAGCUUUGAAGAUUCCAGAUUUAGAUAUACAAGAUCUAGAUAUAGCAAGCAUGAUUUGUUCGAUUCUGGAAAAGAUUGAUCCGAUUAGAGUUAACUAUUGGAUCUGGCGUAAGAGUAGGCUUCCUCAUGUAGCCCAGUGAAUAGAAAACUCGCAAGGAGAAGGGACAGCUUAUAUGCCUUCUGUGUAAUUUUCCCAUAAACCGUAGAAAUUAGAUAUUUGGUCAUUGCUUCAA